GGAUCAGCCUGUGAGAGGAAGAUAUGAAGGUACUGGACUCGCUUUGGAUCAACUGGUUUCUCCUGGUGCAUAAGGUGGCAGCAGGAGCUGAGUCGGUCUCAGAGCCAUCGCUCAGGACUAGGCAGAGCAUGACAGAAGGACAGGGAAAGGCGGUGAGCCUGGGUCAAUACAAAUGUCUUGAGGUGUCCAACAAAGACCACCAAGAAAACCAAAACGGUACAUUCUGUGGACGUCUGUGGGACGGCUUGUUGUGCUGGGAUAAGACACAAGCCGGGACAUCUGUAAAACAGAACUGUCCAUAUCAUCCUGACAUGGACCCAAAUGAAAAAGUGAUUAAAUAUUGUGACGAAUGGGGGAAUUGGGACGGAACUGAGACUGGCUCCACUUGUCAACCAGCUUCAAAGAACAAAUUAAAGAAAGAGGUCCUCCAUUAUUUGAGGGACUCUCCAGGAGAGCCCACCACAGAGGUCACAGGUGCUAAGACAGAAAAAGCUGGUGUUAUGGAAGAAAUUGUCCUUGAGAAUGAAAAGAAGUGCAUAGAGAAAAUGAAGCGUGAUCCACCUUAUAACAAAUCAGGUUUGCACUGUGGUCGUAACUGGGAUGGCUGGCUGUGUUGGGACGAUACUCCAGCAGGAGUGGUCGCAUUGCAAAACUGCCCUGACUAUUUUGGCGACUUUGAUCCCACAGAAAGGGCAACGAAGUACUGUGAACAAAACGGUAAAUGGUUUCACCAUCCAGAGGCCAACAGAGUUUGGACCAACUACACACUCUGUGCAGCCACCCACGAGAAGAGGCAGAGGACUCUAAAAAUGGUUGAGAAUGAGUACAAAUGCCUUCUGAAAAUAAAUCACAAUCCACCUUUUAACAAAUCAGGUCUGCAUUGUGGUCGAAACUGGGACGGCUGGUUGUGCUGGGAUGAUACUCCAGCCGGGACCUAUGCCUCUCAAAACUGCCCUGACUAUUUUUCUGACUUUGACCCAACAGAAAAGGUAACUAAGUACUGUGAAGAUGACGGGCAGUGGUUUCACCAUCCAGAGAGUGGCAAGACCUGGACUAACUACACACUCUGUGCUGCCAACACUAAGGAGAAGUGGAGGAAGGCAGCUGCCCAACUCUCUGGAGACGCUGAGGUGGAGCUCUCGGAUGAGGCCACAGUCAGUCCCAUGGUGAAUCCAGAGGAGCAAGAAAUCAUAAGGAAGAAAAUCCUUGACAGUCAGUACAAAUGCUUUGAGAAAAUGAAUCGAGAUGUGCCCUAUAACAAAACAGGUCUAUACUGCAGUCGUAACUGGGAUGGCUGGCUGUGCUGGGAUGACACUCAAGUGGGGACCUACACUUCUCAAAACUGCCCCAACUAUUUUAAGGAUUUUGACCCCACUGAAAAGGCUACUAAGUACUGUGGGGAGGAUGGUCAAUGGUUUCGCCACCCGGACACUAACAGGACCUGGUCCAACUACACACUCUGCAACGAAAACACUAAAGCAAAACUGAAGUCAGCGUAUAUCCUGCUUUACAUGACGAUUGUGGGUCAUGCUCUGUCUAUCGUCUUCCUGCUCAUCUCUCUGGCCAUCUUCUUCUACUUCAGGAGUCUGAGCUGCCAAAGGAUCACCCUGCACAAGAAUCUCUUCUGCUCAUAUGUGUUGAAUUCAGCCAUCACCAUCUUCUACCUCGUAGCAGUGGUCAAGAAUCCUGAAGUGGUGAGCAGAAACCCUGUUGGCUGUAAGGUGUUACACUUCUUCCACACGUACAUGCUGGGCUGCAAUUAUUUCUGGAUGCUUUGUGAAGGCAUCUACCUGCACACACUCAUCGUGGUGGCUGUGUUUGCAGAGGAGCAGCAUCUGCACUGGUACUACCUCCUGGGCUGGGGCUUUCCUAUUGUGCCUGCAUCCAUCCACGCCGUGGCAAGGAAAAAGUAUUUUGAUGACAACUGUUGGAUGAGUGUGGAAACCCAUCUGCUCUACGCAGUCCAUGGUCCCAUAGUGGCAGCACUUCUUGUGAACCUCUUCUUCUUGCUAAAUAUAAUAAGAGUGUUAGUCACCAAGCUGAGAGACACACACCGAGCAGAGUCCAACAUGUACAUGAAGGCAGUGAGGGCCACCCUGAUCCUGGUGCCCCUGCUGGGAAUUCAGUUUGUCAUUUUCCCCUGGAGGCCAGAAAACCGGCUAGCUGGGGAGGUCUAUGAAUACAUCAUGAACAUACUUAUGCACUACCAGGGGUUGCUGGUGGCAACAAUCUUCUGCUUCUUCAAUGGAGAGGUGCAGGCAGCUCUUAAGAGACAGUGGAUGCAGUACAAAACCCAGUUGGGUCAGAGACGAAAGGACCACUGCUCGAUGCGCUCCACAUCCUACACAGCCACCUCCAUCACCGAGGUCCCCGCCUUCAUGUACCACCAAGACUGCAACAGUGAACACUUGAACGGGCGCCACACGGACGACUCUGAACUGGUGGCACUGAAAUCAGGAGAGACUUAUGCUUGAGCACCACGGAGGAUGAAGAGUAUAGGAACAGCCGAAGAAGACUUAUAGAGUCGUAGAGUAAGAGAGGAAGUGAAUCUCAGUGGUUAAAUCUCAAAUGCAGGUGAAGCCGACCCAUGGCGAUGAUACAGGUCUGGGAGUUUUAAGCUCAUGGAGUUGAAGAGCGACUAGCUACAGUGGCGACUCUUCAUUUAACUUCACAUUGCUGUUGCAGCUGCUUUUUGAGAACUUUGAUGUCAAGAACUUGUGGCACGAGACCAGGGCUGCUUUCGACAUGUGUCACUUCCUAAAGCUGCUAAACUGUGACGGAAAUAAGCAAGACUGUGUUGGGAGCAAGGGUGUUAGUGUUUGCUGUUUGGAAAUUAUGCUGCUGAACGUGACAGGGAUGGUAAAUAAAGAUUUUGAUGGUGUUAUGAUGAUGAUUUAAAA